AUGACUACCGUGAUGAGCUACGAUGUCGAUGUGACGGCGAAACGAGUUUCAGACAAGUUUAACUUUUCGCCGAUGGAAAAGCAAAACUUGGUCGAGGAAGAAUACAUUGAAAGCGAAACUGAAAGUGAAGAAACCGAGAGCGAAGGCGAUGGAAGCGUGACGGUCGGGAAAUACAGACGGUUAGAAGACGUGGAAGAAACGGAACCGGAGUGGGAUGUGGACAGCUUUGAUGGUCGGGAAUACGAAUCAGAUCCAGAGAUUCGUGACAGCUUUGCUAACGAGAAUGAUUACAUGGAAUACCGCGAAGGGAGGAUCCAGGCUUUGGAAAAUAGGGGGUUUAAACCAGAUCCAUUCAAUUUCAUUGGCGCUAUUCAGAACCUGGAUGGACCAGCUUAUGGAAACAUGACUAAUAGGGAGUAUUUGGCGGGUCUUGCUUCCAUGUGCGUUAAGAAACUCAACGAGGUUAAGGGAAAAACUGUGGAAUUCGUAAGGAUUGUGAGAGCCACUAGAAAUGCUGGAGGAGCUAGUUGGAAGCUGUAUAUAACGUUUAUGGCUCGGGAGUAUCCGAAUGGGCCUCUCCUGGAGUAUCAGGCUAAGGCCAUGAAUUUCGUUGGAGAUUCUCGAGAUCCUGUUCCCAUUCUCUGCAGACCAGCCCCUAAACCACUGAUGGAUGGUAGAGUGUGUGUUUUAGUGGGUGAAUGGACAUGUUCAGAUAUUGGAUUGUGGGAGUUUUCAGUCCGUCAUAGGAAAAUGACAAGAUUUAUGUCUAUCGAGAGAGAGACAAUGUUUGUAGGGGUGAAGGCUAAAAUAGGAGAGCUGUUGGGUGUCAAACAAGAGGAAAGCAACACAGAGUUAAGCUUUUGGCACCCAGGAGACACAGUUGUCUUCACACAAGGUAAGAUGCCCCCUGUUUCAGUAGGCAGUGAUGUUGAGUUUCAAUAG